CCCCCAUCAGCAGCUCCGGCCGGGACUCUCAGGUUCAGAGUCGAUUGGCUGCGGGACAUUCUGGUGACGCCCCUCACCUCACCCCCCCCCCCCCCCCCCCCCACGCGUGGGGCCGAGUCUGGUGUUUUAUUUAUAUCGAUAUUGAGCAUGUUUGUAUCUCAAGGACUCUCCCUCUUCAGUCUCGUUCCCGGAGCUUUGGAGCUAGUUGCAGGAGGGGAGGGAGGUAACGAUGGGGAGGGGCCCACAAGGAGGGGGGGGGGGGGGGGCACAGGAUGGGGGAGGGGCCCACAGGAUGGGGGAGGGGCCCACAGGGGGUAUUAGGGAAAAACAGCUCGUCUUGGCGGAACCUGACCCGGACGGCAGCAAAACUCGGACCUCCCAUACCGAGGAUCUGGAUCGACCUUACAAAGACCAAUCCCGCUCCCGCCCACUGCUCCACUCCCCCCCCCCCCCCCCCCGCUACACCCCUGCCCGCGGGCCCGCCACGUGUUGGAGGCGGCACCGACUUGAGGCAGUUCUUGCGUGAAAUCUGGUCAGUUUGAUUCUUGUUGUAAAUGUAAAAAGCUUUGCGGUGAAUGCAUUGAACGGUUCCAGACCUUCAGUGUUAUCUUUUUGUAAAUGGACGAUUCCUGUAUUUAUUGAACUCGUGUAAUGUUCUAUCAUUGUUCUGGAACAUUCUUUGACUUUUUUUUGCUCAUUUUUACUCUUUACUUCAAACGAGGAAAAUAUUCCCUUUUUAUAUCAGCCGCGCACCUCAUUGUCCAUUUUUUGUUCAUUUUAAUUGUGUCAUGCGCGUUUCCAGGUGAGUGAAAUUGUAUUUAAUGUAUUUACAUAAAGGUCUGUGUCAAACCUGUCCCCAUGAGCUUUAUUGUCCCGCCCAGUGUUUGACAGCUGUGUCCGCUGUUCCAGAUGUUCAGCCCCGGUCAGUGUCCGAUCUCCCGGCUCUGCCCCACUGCUCGUGUGUGAACCUUUCUUGAUCUGUCGAGACGGAGUGUUCAAUUCUCCUCAUGAUUUUAUACACCUCUAUAAAUUCACCCCUUAGCUGUCUGCGCUCCAAAAGAAGCCGCGGCGGAGACAGAGACGCCGGCGGUGAAUCGUCCGCCUUUGGGAAGGAUCGUGACAGCUGCCGGGCAAACGCUUCUCACCGGAGACCGGGUCUUCACACGCUCGCGGUCGGCGACGUAACGGAGCUUGAGAUGCUGCCUGACCCGCUGAGUUACUCCAGCACUCUGUCUUUGUUCCAUGCGUUGACGGAAUUUGCACCAAACAGGAACUUUCAACGGGAGUCUUCAGAAAGAAUUUGCCGAGGAUCUGCUUGCCCCUCCACCAGUGACCUCCCGCCGUGGUGGCGAUGGAGCUGCUAAAACCAUACCUGGGCCUGAUGGCUUUCUUCUACCUGCCCACGCUGUUCUUUGACGAGGAGUUCAGCGUCAGCAUCAGCUCGAUGAUCGGCAUCUUCUCCUGCGGCAUCAGGCAGGUGUUCGCCGUGACGACCAAGAAGGCCGAGGUCUUCCUGCGACAGCCCCGCCCGGGGUCAUCCGCCAGCAGGUUCAAAGAUGUUAAGAAAAAAUCGCAAAGGACAUUUAAGAAGCUGAUUGAAUCCCCGACGCAGACGCCGUACUUCGUGUGUAUCCCCAUGUACUGGGGGCUGCUGCUCAUUACGCCCCUGCUGCCCAAGUGCCUGAAGAUUCCCUGGGUUCUGCACUGCUCCCUCGAUCAGUUCAUCGUCCUCUUCAGCUGGUGGAGAUGCUACCGGAACUUUCACCGCCGCGGCCUCCGGGACGAGGAAACGUUUGACCAGACCGACAACAAAUACCUAUUGGUUGAAGACUUUGUAUGGAAACAGCAACUUGAGGAGGAAUGCUUCAACCUCAGGCAGCUGACAGAGAUGGAAAUAACGCUCUACAGUAUCGAGUCCCCACACAUUGUUCACAGCUACAUGGACAUUGAGGAAGGGGCUGAGCGUUUAAUCAGGGCCCGUAAGGCAGCUGUCCUCCAGGAGCUGAGGGAGAAGCUGGCCAAGCAGAUGACCAAGAUACAGGGACUGACGAAACAAUGUGCACAGACUGUCGGCCAGAACCAACCGUCAUCCUUCAAGCCUUGACAGAUACCGAAAAUGUCAAUAAAGAUCAUAUCAUCUGAUGUGUGUGAUGGUCUCCAUUCAGCCCCCACCCUUCCUCUGCUUUUCAGACACCCUCAUCCUCUCUCUUUCAUCCUCCCACAGGCCAGGGGUGUUUCCAUAUUGCCCUGAGUUACACGAGACACAUGACCAAAAGAUUUCCCAAGGGGUACUUGAUGCCUUGUUGCUAGAUGAAGCUUGGAGAGGUUUGGGGAUUGAAUCCAAUCCCGCUGAAGCCAUACCCUACUGUGACUACUCUGUACCGACACAGGAAGUGCUAGUGAUGAGAGUGCAGAUGCGGAGGAGUGCAGUGAUCUUGGCAAGGUCUUGGGUCUGGAGGAGUAGUGAGGCAUUUAUAAGAAAGGAUGAAGAUUUUUAAAGAGAUUCAUUGAAUUAGGACCCAGUGUGGAUUCAGGGAGAUGGAUAAAUGGGGCAAUGUUCAUUUAGAGUUUAAGACAGGCAGUGUACCAUAAGAAUAAUCACAUUAAACUAACUCAUUGUUACCUCACCGAAUCCUACCUAGACUUGAUAAAGUAUAUAAAAUUACGAGGGCAAAGAUAGUCAGAACCCUUUUCCCAGGGAGGAAAUGUCCAACACAUCAUCAAAGGGUCAUCAAAGACCCCUACCACCCAUCGCAUCACAUAUUCUCCAUCCUGCCAUCUGGGAAGAGGUACAGGAGCAUUAGCUGCAAAACCAGCAGGAUGCUCGUCAGCUUCUUCCCGCAGGCUAUAAGACUGAUAAACGGACUUUGCCCCCUGCCAAAGUAUCGCGCACCAACCACCAACCUGGACACACUGCAGCAGAGCCACUGUCGUGCUGCUGCCGAUCGGAACGCCUGUUGAUGUUUAGUAGAGAGUAGAGUGUUUAACUUGUUCAUGAUAUAUGUAUUUUUAUUUCUAUUUAAUUUUAAUGGACACUGGUUGAGCAACGUUUUUUUGUUUCCUCUGGGUAUGUGAGUACUCAGGAAAAUGACAAUAAAGA